AUGUCAAAGAAAUUGGACUUCUUGAACAUGGAAGGUCCGAAAGGAUAUGUAGCUGGUUCGUUGCGAGGGGAUACUGGUUUUAUUACACUCAAUGAUAUUGGCCCUGCUCGUACAUUUCUUCCGAAUGAACCAUUUGAUUCUGCACCCGAAGAAGACUCUACGCAACAAGAUAUGGAAGCAGAAAAGAUCUAUUCGAUGUUGGAUGCCCGUCUUUCUUCACGACGAAAAGCUCGUCGCGAAGCACGCGAGAAACAAGAGAAUGCAAAGUACGAGAAAACGCAUCCCAAACUUCUUCAGCAAUUCAGUGAUUUAAAAGCUCCGAUGAAAACGAUUUCAAUGGAAGAAUGGAAGAGUAUCCCCGACGUCGUUGGUCGAAAAAGACGAGGAGUUCAAGUGAAUGAAUUUCUCGAAGGGAGACACAUGCCCGUCCCUGACAAAGUGUUAGUGUCCGAGUAUUUAAAAUCGACCCCUGUAGGUACCAUUGUACCUGAUGAUGACGAGAAAGACAAAUUUGAGACUCCUCUUAAAGCCUCAAGACUCUAUCAAACUGAUUUAAAUGAAGAAGGGUCCGUGAGAACUAAAACUCUUCAAAUCAAAUUGGAUGGGUCGAAGACUUCAGUGAGUAAAGUGAAUGUGAAUGGCUAUCUUACGGAGCUUGGGACAACCCCUACAAUGAACAUGAAUGACGCAGGAAAUAUUAAACAGUACAGAGAACUGUUUAAAGCGAUGAGAAAGAACAAUCCAAAGUCCUCGGCGGGGUGGGUGCAAGGUGCUCUUGUAGAAGAGAGUCUUGGACAGAUCAGUCAAGCGCUUAAAAUCAUAAUGGAAGGGACCAUUGCUUGUAGUAAGUCUGAAGAAGUCUGGUUACAUGCCAUUAGAUUGUCCCCAGACGAUAUGAAGGCGGACGUGUGUGCCCGAGGGAUAUCUAUUCUUCCGAAGACUCCUGCGUUAUGGCUCGAAGCGAUAGAGCUGGAACGGAAAGAUUCUGAAAAGAGGAAGAUCAGUAUCAAAGCCGUAGAAGUUGUUCCAAAGUCAUUGAAAUUGUGGGAGAAGGCAAUUUCACUUGAAGAAGGGGAGAACAAACUGAACUUGAUGAAACAAGCCGUCGAAGCCCUUCCUUCAAAUGUCGAGCUGUGGAUUAUAUACGCUGAAAAUUCGACGUACGAGCAGUCGAAGAAGAUCAUGAAUCAGUGUCUUAAAGUGUUACCCAAAGAGCCUCGAGUAUGGAUCUACUCCGCUGUGAUUGAAGAAGUCAAAGGGAAGGAUAUAGACCGUUCAAAUAAAGUGAUUAAGAAGGGUAUCAAGUACUUUGACCAACAGAAGAUACAAAUAGAGAAUGAGGUGUGGAUAUCAAAUGCUGAAAAAAGUCGCAAAGAAGCGCCCAACGUAUUAAAGAGUGUAGUUGAGAGUUUAUUAGAGAGGUAUAGUGAUGUAGCUGAUGGCAUUAAAAGUUCCCGCGAAUGUAUCAAAUGUGAAGAAACAGAAGAAUUAAUGAAUGAAUUUUGGAUACAACACAAUGGAGGGAAGAGUGUGUUAGACGAUGUAUUAAGAACGAAAGGGAAUGACGAAGACUAUGUUUUACAGUUGAUACAAAACAUAGUAAACAAGCAAAAGGAAGACAUCACGGAGUCGAUGUGGAGUACUUUGAUUGCCUGGGCCGAGACUAAAACAAACACCACGUACGACACUUUAAUAGAACAAGCGCGCAAAUCGAAUGGGAGUGGGGGUGAGAGAGCAAAUUUGAGUUUGAUUCGCCGAUUAAAGAAGAAACAAUUGAAGGAACAAGCGCUUCAAAUCAUCGAUGAAGCACUUAAUACAUCAAAAGGUCAUUUGAGUAUGAAAAUUCUGAAGGAAGGGAUUAAGAUCUCUUCUGAACUCAAUUUGUACGACAAGGAAGAUAAAUACUUGCAUAUUGGAGAAGUUUUGGACCCACAAGAUGACUACAUUUGGGAGCGUAAAUUGAUCCGAGAAGCGCGUGUUGGGAAUGAAGCUUCUAUCAGGAAAUUAUAUCAAAGUGCAAUGGACAACAAAGUACGUGGGACACGAGUGUGGGAGUGGGCGGGGUGUUUUGAAGAGCGUCGUGGGGAUGUUGGGCGUGCGCGGCGAAUAUUUGAAGAUGGUGUUUCGAACAACCGGAUGUGUGCGGAGAUGUGGUUGAGUCACAUCUACUUUGAAGAGCGUGUGAACCCCAAAAAGGAUGUCCAAAGUCUUCUAUCGAAUGCGUUAAAGAGUUGUAAAGAGAAUGGAAAGAUAUGGCGAGAGAUUAUAGAGCGACAACCGUCGAACAUGAAACAAGGGUACUGCAAAAGUGCACUCAAAGAAUUUGAAUCCAAAAGUAAUGAAGGCGAUUACUGCCAGGUAGUCUUAGCUGCGGGUGUUUUACUCUAUCAAACUGGUAAAAAGGAACAAGCGAGAAAGUGGUUUGAAAAGACGGUGUUUCUUGAUAAGAAUUUUGGGGAUGGGUGGGUUUGGUUAUAUAAAACCGUAUUUGACUUAAACAGCAUCAAGUUGAAAGGAACCAACGAACCACAAAGUGUGAUAGAACGGUGUGUUAUUGUAGGCAAGAAGUACGGGAAAGUGUGGAAACGAUUGAAAGAUAAUACAUUGAGUGAUGAAGAGAUCCUCAAGAAAGGUAUUAUUGAAUUGAAUUGA